CUUUUUUUAAUUUUAACAAUCGUACGUUUUCACUAAAAAAAUCCACUUUUUCGGACGUGAUUUCAUAAAAAACUAAAUUCUGGCUACCGGACAAAAAUUAAAUGUCGACUUUAAGCCGGCAAAAAGGAUGAAAAAACGUCGGGAACUUGACGCCCUCCUAGCCACUAAAUCUUCAUCAUCGUCCCAGCUCAGCUUAGGCAGAGGUUCCGGCAGCAACAAUAGAAUAAUGAGAAAUGGCAGCCAUGAGUUGUUGAGGAACGAUUCCUACUCGUCGGAAUGUGAUGAGUAUUUGGGGGCAGGCAAGGAGCUUUUACCAAGGAAAAGUUCCCAGUCGAACAAAUGUUUCAUCUGCUUGCUUCUCCUAUUAUCGGUACUAAUCCUCGCCUGCGGGGUCGUCAUUCUGUGUCUAACAUGGAUGUUCGUCCACCUGAAAAAAGAGAUACACGUUCUUAAGGACAACCUCAAUAAAGGUGAGAUAAUGGAUUUGAAUGCAAGAAUCAACGUACUAACAAGCAGAUUGGAUGAGAUGGAUCAAAAAUUAUCCAAUAAGAGUACUAACAAUAUUAAAAAUACUACUGCAACCACUACUACUACUAAUAACACUACUAAUAAUAUUAAUAAUAAAUUUAUUUCUGAGUUAAAUAUCUCAGUCUCACAGAUGGUCAUGAAGACAAAAGAAUUAGAUGAGAAGUUAUUUUCAAUUGAGAAGCACAGCAAAGCCGAUAGAUUCAUGGAUAAUGUUAUGAACCAGACGGUUAGUGACAUUGGCAGAGAAGUCGUGGCGUUGAAGAAUGACGUCACGGCGUUGAAGGGUGACGUCACGGCGUUGAAGGGUGACGUCACGACGUUGAAGAAUGACGUCAUUACAAUGAGUAAAGAUCCACGCCAUGUUAACGUUACCAUUGGUAUUAGUGAUACUUCCAAUAAUGAUAAUAAUAAUAAUAAUAAUAAUAAUAAUGAUGAUGAUCUAAUACCAAAAAAUAUAAAUAGCAAUCCUGAAGGUGGUAAUAAUGGAAAAAUUACUAGCAAAAUUAACGUUAAAGGAGAUGACGAUAAUAAUGAUAAAGUCCAUAGAGAUGCUACUGCUACUGCUGCAGCUGCUGCUGCUACUACUACUACUACUAUUACUACUACUUCUGCUACUAUUACUACUACUACUACUUUUACAAAGAUUACUAAGAAUGUUGAUGGUAAUGAAUGAUAGAGUCAUUGAAGAAAAUAUUAUUACUAUGGUGGUGAUGAUAAUUUUAUUAUUUAUAAUAAUUAUAACUAUAAUAACUAAUAAUUAUAACUAUUGUUAUAAUUUUUAUGAUAAUGACUUUUAAUCUUAAUAACUAAAUAGCAGCAUAUCAGCUGGAAUUAAUAAGUAGAUGACGACUAUGAUGAUGAUAACAAAAAUUCAUUCAUCAUUAUAUCAUCGAGUGGCCAUCACCAUCUUCUGUAGUAUCAUUAUCUAUCAUUAUUCAUCAUUAUAUCAUUGAGUGGCUAUCAAUCAUCUUUAGUAUCAUUAUCUAAAUCAGAAAUUCGAACCUAAUUAACAUUAAAUUCAGUUGACUUAAUUAAAAUUAAUUAAUUAACUUUAUUUUUUUACUGCUUAUGUUGGUUUUCUCUCAAUUAUUCAUCAUCAGAUGUGUAUAAAAAUACUAUAACGUUAAUAAUAAUAAUAAUAAUAAUAAUAAAAGUAAUAAUAAAGUAAUAAGAAAUAAUAAUAAUAAAUUUCUUUUAAUAAUGUGCAUAUUGUGAAUAUUUAGUAAGUGUUUAUGUAUAGUAUAUAUAUAUAUAUAUAUAUGUUUGUGUGUGUGUGUGUGU